AUGAGUUCUGUCAGUGUAUUUCAUGAGAAGGAAAUCAACGGAAAACCAUAUCACAUAUUCAGUUUAUUACCUCAAACAGACAACUCUUCUUCAUCUUCCUCCCCCUCCUUGUUCGGCGAGGAAGCCAUUGAUUCGGGUGGCGAGUCUGGCGACGACGAUCUCUCUCUUCAAACUCGUUUCUUCUGUCCUAAGUUACGUUUCGAAAAAGUUGAAUCAAAACGCGCGGUGUCUAAUUGCAAACACGCCCCAGCCAUAACUUCCCAACACUUCAACAAAGAAACCAUUGAGCAACAAGUCCAAAUCGUGCUUGAUAUGGCCAGCUUUCGAAAAGAAAAUUAUCUCCGGCAUAUCUGUAAGCAUCCUGUACUUCCAAUCUUUUGGUGCAACAGUGAAAAGCCUUCUGCUCACUUUAAAUGCGGCGCAUGCGAAAUGUCAGAGGUUGGCAGUGGCUAUUACUUGUGUGAAACAUGUCAAAGAGUUUACCACAAAGAAUGUGUGGAGGCUCCACUCUUUAUCAAACAUCAUCCUUCCUAUCCCUAUUUUUCUCUCCAACUUUGUUCUCAUUCUUCCAUUUAUUCACAGAGUUGCAACUUUUGUGAAACCCCAUUAAAUGGAUUAAUGGUUUACAAAUGUACUACCUACCCCUACGUAAUUCAUACGGUUUGUGCGUUGAAGCCAAUACCCAUUAUUAUAGACCACUUUAAAAGGCAUCCCCAUACACUCACCUUUUUCCCCAAACAAGCUUUCUUACCCUGCAAUAUUUGUGGUAUGCUCAAAGCAUUUAAUCCCACCUACAUCUGCGCUCGAUGUGUUUUCGUUGUCCAUCAAGAUUGUAUCUACUUCCCCUAUGUCAUACGAAUAUGUCGUCACGACCACCGUAUCUCUUUCACCUAUUCUCUUCCACCCGGAAUGUUUUCUUGCGGAGUCUGUCGUCGCUAUGUUAACAAUAGUUGUGGGGCCUACUCUUGCAACAAGUGUGAUGGAACUUAUUUUCAUUCAAGAUGUGCUUUGCGGAGAGAUUUGUGGGAUGGGGAAGAACUUGAAGGAAUACCCGAAGAAAUUGAGAUAGUUGAAGAUCCAUUCAAGACGGUAGCUGAUGGAGAAAUAAUUCACUUUUCUCAUGGACAUCAUCACCUAAAACUCGAGAUCUGCAGAGAUUAUGAUGAGGACAAGUAUUGUCAAGCGUGCGUUCUUCCUAUUUAUGAAGGGAAUUACUAUUCAUGUGUGGAUGGUCACUGUGACUUUAUCCUACAUGAAACAUGUGCCAAUGCACCCCGCAAGAAACGGCAUCCUUUGCAUGCUCACCCACUUACGCUUAAGGUUGUCACUAAUGAAUAUGAUAACUACGAAGACAAAGGUUUCUUCAGUUGUUCUGCUUGUCAGCGUUAUAGUAAUGGAUUCGUAUACGAGGAGUCGUCCACUGCUGGAUUUGGACGUUUCAGGCUAGACGUACGGUGUGCCUCGGUAUCUGAACCAUUUAACUAUGAAGGCCAUGAGCAUCCUUUAUUCCUAGCUUUAAGCCCAGACGAAGAAAAGUGGGCAACAUGUCAAAUCUGCCAUGAUAACUCAAGUAAUCUAUAUCGUCGAAUGCUAAAUUGCAUCAAAUGUCAUUUUAUUAUAUGUUUUAAGUGUGCUACUUUACCAUACAAGGCAAGGUAUAAACAUGACAAGCAUUUCCUCACAUUCCGGAAAGAGUUGGUGGAAACUAAUCAGUUAUACUGGUGUGAGGCAUGCGAAGAGAAAAUAGUAUAUUCAGGAAAAGGUGGGUUCUAUGCGUGCGAUGAAUACUGCUGCACCACUCUUCAUGUUCAUUGUUUGCUUGGGGAAAAACCGUAUAUGAAACAUGAUCAAAUCAUAUCUUCAAAUGGGAUGAAGGUUCAUAUUCUUCGCAACAAAACCAUGUCUAGGCCAAUUUGCCGUGUCUGCGGACAACGAUGUCUAGACAGAGUAGUUCUACAAGUAAAGCAUUUUGCAGUUUGUUCUUUCGGUUGUUUGAAUGAUGGGUAA